AAGGAGCCCCUUUUAGCAUGGAGCAGAGGUUUGUGUUGCCAUUGAUUCACUAUAGGUAUGGCUUACUCUCUAUAUCUUCCCUCAACCGGCUUGUGGGUGGGUGGGGGCCAGAAGAAAGUGAGAGAGAAAGCCACCCGGCUAGUGAAGCAGAGACAACAGAAGCCAUUACUGCAUGCUAAAAGCACUCCCUUGCUGGCUGCUGCCUCACCAAUUUACACUUUAAAACCACAGCAUGCCAGGAAAAUUGGCAGGGAGAUGAGGCAGAAUGGCAUGUGUACAUGGGUGGAGAGGCAGGACUGGGCAUGUCACCUGAGGAGUGUGGUCAGGGGGUGUGGCAAGCACCAUUUGGGUGUCUACUCAAGUGGCACCAGCACUUGACCUAGUGCUGUUCUAUAUUGUGACCAUUCUGUGCAUAUUCAAAAAUAACAUGACAGGGAGGCGUUCUAUCUAGCCUUUUCACUGACAUGCUAGUUUUUUUAAGUGCAGGAUAUUUUUACAUAUAUGAAAUUCCCCCUUCUGGUCUGAAGAGGUACAGGCCAGAACAGACUCAUCACAUGAGAUUGCUGAUCAUGUUUUGCACUUCAAAGAGAGAGCACAACACUGAACAGGGUCCCACAUGCUGCGCAGUGUCCUGUGGGCGGUUUCCACACUGCCUGCACUACUGUAGACAUUUUAAAAAUUGACAUAGUUGCACAAGAGCACUGUUCUGCAAAUGCCUAAAAUUGCGUAUACAUGGCUGUGCGAUGUUAACAGCCAUUGAAAGCUGUAUUUGCACAAUUUGGACAUUUGCGGAACAGUGCUUUCACACAACUAUGUGAAUUUUUUUUUGCUUGCAGCAGUGUGGGCAGUGUAGAAACUGCCUACAGGACCCUGCAUGGUAUAUGAACCACCGUUACUGAUAUGAUGUCGUUUCCUCCUGGGGUAUGGCUUUCUUAUGUGGAUAUUUCAAACCAAAGAUCCGGGUGUUCAAGGGUUAGAGAUCUUACGUGACCUCAAAUAAACUCAUUAAAAUCAUCUCUUAAUUGCUCUAUUUUCCAGCUUUGUAUAAUUUGUUAUGCUCACUAAUGUAUUUCUUCAAUCAGAUCCACAAUGUAGCACAUCUGCAUUCAACCCUUAGCUUGAGUUGAUUCUCUUAUUAUAACAAUUGGGUCCUUCAAAUAAGGCAGCUGAUAUUCUCCUUGGUAAACACUUACAUGAAGAACAGUAGGGUACAUGUUCCAGUAGAAUGCUAUAUUUUGUUAUAAUUCAUAUGUGUGCCCCCCUUCCUUUUCUUUAAGAGAUUUACUAUAAAAUUAAUGGACCCUGCAGCUUAAAUUAAUUGAUAUCAAUCAGAUUUCAGGUAUGUUUAUUCCAGGGUUCCACUUGGCCACAUAACUGAAUCUCAGAAGAGCAGGAAUCCUAGAGUUACCUCCUGCUCUGUGUUUUGACAGAGCAGCUUAUAAUACUUGUGGGGCAGGGAACAGAUAAGUUGAACUGAUGUACUAGCGAGGGCGAUUCUCAACUUCCCAACCUUAGGUACAUAUUUGCAGGAUCUUUGGUUCUCAGCUCUGCAGAAUCAUGAAAUGAGAAGUGGUACCUGGUAAAAAAAUUUUUUAAACAGCUGUUCAAGCAACAGGAGCCCUAUUACUUUGAAUAACUCUAGUGUACCCAAAUCCUCUUCCAAAAGCCUUGAUAAAUGUUUCCUGAAGAAAGCCUUGGAUUCUAUUGCUUGCCCUAGAAAGCAUCAUAUGUUUUCUAUAUUCUCAGAAAUGCCAUUAUUAGAAAUGCAGCAUAAUUAUUUCCUGCAUUCAGAUAACUCAGCUACAUAGGAUUAUUAAAUAUAUCCAAAGCCGUUUGCUUGUUAUAAAGAUCAAAGUUGUCUUACACUGUUUUGCUAUUGAAACCAACUUCCUAGUUUCAUGUAACACUCUAUAGAUUUAGAAAGUCCAUAGUAUCUUUAAGUUUAUUCUUCUGCCUUUUUUUUGCAGUGUUGAAUAUAGGUUGAUAAAAUGUUUACAUUUAGCGUCUUGAAAAUGCAAGUUAUUAUCCGAAGCACUAAGCAUUAAGUAUUAUUAUUACUUUCACAGAUUUUGUUGUAUUCUAUGGAAUCCAAUUUUUCAUAUAAAAAUGGAGUUUUGGGGCCUCCUCUUUGAAAAGACCAGCCAUACUCAUGGUCUCCUACUCAGCACUUCAAUGAAGAAGCAUACUCUCCUGUUUCAAGGAACAUGAAAGGAUUAUCUGGCAGUCGCAAUCAACCACAGCUAUGUUCUGCUCAUACUUGUGGUUUAGCAUCCCCUGAAGACUGCGAACACACCCACGAUCAUAUUCACCAUGGGCAGGAGUCAAGGCAAUCAUAUCUUCUCAGCCCAACGGAGAGCUGCCCGAUGGACCACCAUCGGUGCUCGCCGCGAAGCUCCAUCCAUUCAGAAUGCAUGAUGAUGCCCAUGGUUAUGGGUGAUCAUAUGUCUAGUAGCACUUUCCCCAGAAUGCACUACACCUCACAUUACGAUACUAGGGACGAUUGCACCAUGUCUCAUACUAACACAAAGAUUAACCGGAUCCCUGCAAAUCUGCUGGAUCAGUUUGAGAAACAACUUCCUCUCCACAGAGAUGGCUUUCACACUUUACAAUAUCAGAGGACCUCAACAGCUGCUGAACAGCGCAGUGAAAGCCCGGGUAGAAUACGUCAUCUUGUUCAUUCGGUCCAAAAACUGUUCACAAAAUCUCAUUCUUUGGAAGGUUCUUCUAAGAGCAAUGUCAAUGGGACAAAGGGAGAUGGCCGAGGGGACGACCAUCAUCAUGGACAUCAUUCUAAACAUAGCAAAAGAAGUAAAAGUAAAGAACGGAAACCUGAAAGCAAGCAUAAAACUGGAAUGAGCAGUUGGUGGAGCUCCGAUGAUAAUUUGGACAGUGAUAGCACUUAUCGAACACCUAGUGUUGUCAACAGGCAUCAUGUGGACCAUAUCUCUCAUUGCUACCCUGAAGCUCUUCAGGGACACUUUGGGGACCUUUCACUAAAGACUUCAAAAAGUAACAAUGAUGUGAAAUGUUCAGCUUGUGAAGGGCUUGCAAUGGCCCCAGAUGGCAAAUACAUGAAAAGGAGCUCUUGGUCUACACUUACCGUAAGCCAGGCUAAAGAAGCUUAUCGCAAGUCAUCUCUUAACCUAGAUAAGCCUCUAAUUCAUCAGGAAAUCAAACCUUCCCUGAGGCCAUGCCAUUACCUUCAGGUGCCUCAAGAUGAAUGGGGAGGGUACCCUGCUGGUGGAAAAGAUGAGGAGAUUCCCUGCAGAAGGAUGAGAAGUGGAAGUUAUAUUAAAGCCAUGGGAGAUGAGGAGAGCGGAGAUUCUGAUACUAGCCCCAAAACAUCACCAAAGGUAGCAGUCCGACCGGAGUCAUUAUUAAAAUCUAUGGGACAAAGAGCUCUUGGAGAUCACCAAAACCAGAGCUACCUGCAAGCUGCAAGCGAUGUGCCUGGUGGUCACAACCUGAAUCCGUCGGCAAACUACAAUUCCCCCAAGUUCCGAUCAAGGAAUCAGAGCUAUAUGAGAGCAGUCAGCACGCUCAGUCAGGCCAGCUGCAUCAGCCAGAUGAGUGAAGCAGAGGUCAAUGGGCAAUUUGAAUCUGUUUGUGAAUCAGUGUUUAGUGAAGUUGAAGCUCAGGCAAUGGAUGCCCUCGACCUGCCAGGAUGUUUCCGAACCAGAAGCCACAGUUACUUGCGUGCCAUUCAGGCUGGUUACUCUCAAGAUGAUGAAUGUAUCCCUGCAAUGGCAUCUUCCAAUAUCACCUCAACCAUCAGGUCAACAACAGCUGUAACGUACACUAGUUACAAAAAAACACCACCGCCUGUACCCCCUCGAACCACCUCUAAGCCACUAAUCUCAAUUACAGCACAGAGCAGCACAGAAUCAACCCAGGAUGCCUAUCAUGAUAGUCGGACUCAGAGGAUUUCCCCGUGGCCCCAAGAUGGUCAAGGGAUGUACAACUCGACAGAUAGUUUGGACAGUAACAAGGCCAUGAACCUUGCCAUGGAAACCGCAGCUGCACAGCGCCAUGUGGCCGAGAGUCACAGCACCUCAGUACGAACCAGCGACAAGGCCAUCCUAGUGACAAAAGCUGAGGAGUUCCUUAAGAGUCGACGCUCAUCUAUAGGGAUUCAGGUGGAAACAGCAACGGAUUCGGACAGUGAGAGCAGAGGUCUCCGGGAGUAUCAUUCUGUGGGAGUGCAAGUGGAAGAUGAUAAACGACAUGGACGGUUUAAGCGGUCAAAUAGCGUAACAGCAGCUGUUCAGGCUGACCUAGAACUUGAAGGGUUUCCAGGACAUAUAACAAUGGAGGAUAAAGGGCUUCAGUUUGGUGGCUCUUUCCAGCGGCAUUCAGAGCCCAGUACCCCUACACAAUAUGGUGCGGUAAGAACUGUACGGACACAGGGGUUGUUUAGUUACAGAGAAGAUUAUAGGACCCAAGUAGACACUUCCAAUCUCCCACCACCGGAACCCUGGUUGGAACCAGCCAUUGAAACAGUUGAAACUGGACGGAUGUCUCCAUGUCGACGGGAUGGGUCUUGGUUUAUGAAGUUGCUACAUACUGAGACGAAGAGGAUGGAAGGAUGGUGCAAAGAGAUGGAGAGAGAAGCAGAAGAAAAUGAUCUUUCUGAAGAGAUUCUAGGUAAAAUCCGGAGUGCUGUAGGAAGUGCUCAGCUUCUGAUGUCUCAGAAAUUCCAGCAGUUCUAUUGGCUAUGUCAACAGAAUCUGGAUCCCAGUGCUAUGCCACGGCCGACUUCGCAGGAUCUAGCAGGAUUCUGGGACUUAUUACAGCUUUCGAUUGAAGAUGUCAGUAUGAAGUUUGAUGAGCUGCACCAGCUGAAACUGAAUGAAUGGAAAAUAAUAGAAUCACCUGAAAGGAAGGAAGAAAGAAAGGUUCCUCCUCCUGUACCAAAGAAGCCCCCAAAAGGAAAAUUCCCUAUCACACGAGAGAAGUCACUAGACCUGCCUGACCGUCAGCGACAAGAAGCCCGAAGGCGGCUAAUGGCUGCUAAGAGAGCAGCCUCUUUUCGGCAGAAUUCGGCCACAGAACGUGCAGACAGCAUUGAGAUCUAUAUCCCAGAGGCCCAAACAAGGCUUUAAAGACCAGAAUGCUGCAUAGUUUCUUCUUCUUUCUUUUUUAAAACCACCAGACAGGAUAAAAGCAAAAGGCUUGUACAGUUUGUCUCUUCCCUGAUCAUUUUUGUCACACUUCCCCCACCAAAUGGUCCUUGAUGUUGUGUCCUUUGUGCCAUAUGCACAGUGGAAUGCUUUUGAUUUCCUCAGAAUUGGCUGAGCCCAUUGCAAGAACGACUCUUCUUUUCUUUUUCUAUUUAUGACCAGACUAAACAAUCAGCUCCAAUGGAUAGGGCUUGUUGAGACCUUACUUAUCCAAUAUGUUCUCAGAGGAUGACGAGAAACACCUCUUGAGAUGAAACCCAACUUACUUUUUUGUUAUUUAUAUUUUUAUAAAUGAUGUGAUAACUAGGGAUACGAAUAACAAACUUUCAAAUGGGUGCAUCUCACCAUUCACCAGAGGCAUUAGUUAUCCAAGUAGAAGGUGCUACAAAUGUAAAGUGCAAGAAAGAAAGAACCCAUCUCCCUCCCUCCCCCUCCCUCUCUUUCCCCUUGACCUCCAGUCCCCUUACCUUGUACCUGGCUAAAGUUUUCUGCCCAUGUGCUCUGCCAUUCUGCUCAUCUUUGUUACUGCAAAAUAACACGAGGCCUAUCAUCUCAUGUUGAGUUGAGUUUUUGGAGAUGAACAGGGAUAUCCAGCCAUUAAACUCCAAAGUUCAUCAGGAACAAAGAAGUGUAGAACCCUGAUAAUAUGGAAAAGUCAAGCCCAGAGAGAAAUGCCUGCUAUUACAAGCGUCCGAAAAUCCGAAGGAAAAAUGCAAAAGGAGUAAAAAAGGAAACAGGAAGCCUUAAGAAUUUAGAUCUUCUGUAGCAAGAUGUGAAAAAGUUCUAUUUACUCCUUGGGAACAUUCAUACAUUUUAUAUUGUUCUUUUUUCUGUUGUAGUUAUUUCAUUUACAAACAUGAUUUUUAAAAUUUUAUUUCAAAAGCUAUGCUACAUGUAAUAUUUGAAAGUCUCAAAAUGCUAUAUCAAUUGAAUUUCCAGAGUAUCCUUUAAAACAAAACAAAAAACCUUUGCUUGUUUAAAAUACCAGUUGUGAUGUUGUAACCAGUUUAAGAAAUAUGAAUGUGAGUGGUAAGUAUAUCUCAGUUUAAAUGGUAAUCUUAAGGUAAAAAGGUGACAUGUGGUUUACAUUUGUAAUUUUCUUUUUAGAAUUUUUUUCCUAUGCAGUAUUAGCUAAAGAUAAGAAAAAGUCUCUUGAUGGUUUCAAAUUCAAAGAAAUUUCAAGACGUAUGUAACUUCCAGCUAUGGAAUGUAAUGAAAGUAGUAUGUUCUAAGCCUUAGAUUAACACCAAGGGAAAAGCCAGAGAAAAUAGUACUUUGGGAAAUGAAUUGAGCUCUGAUGGCAUUACUCUGCUGUAUUGACCCCUCCCAAAGAUUAUGAUCUGAGAUCUUAAAGGUCUUCAAACAAAGACACGAGAAAGCUGGGCCAGCUCUGUCAUGAAGCCACUUUGGGUGGCAAAAUGUGGGCCAGUUCUUGGAGGCAGAAUGACAGCCCACUCAGCAUCCCUCCCCAUGGAUUCACUGUAGAGGAGGGAAGGCAAAAUGGCACCACAGUGUUUUUCCUUAUCUCCUGCCUCCCUCAUCCCCUUUCAUUAGGAACGGGGAGAGAUAUGAAAGAAGAAAGGAACUGGCGGGGUGCGAUUUUAAUGCACCAUUUAGGUGCUCUGCUUCAGGCAGCAAGAUAUCAUUGGCCGGCCCUGCUGAAAGCAUAUGCCGCAGAGACUGAAAUUAGGGUUCUGAAUGAUGCAAAAUAUCAAAAUGGAGUGAUAUCCAUGAGACAAAUUUCUGUUUCCAGUUUCAUUUGAACGGUAUAUAUUUAGCCAUAGGCAGAGAACAGCUACUUAAAUUAUACUACAGCACUUUUGGUUCCUCACCUUGAUGAGCACUUUAAAGAUGUACUUUGCAAGCCCUUCAGCCUGUCACAUGACUGAAAAUGCUAGAAGUUCUAGGAGGUGACGCAGAUCUGACCUUGGGUUUUUCUCAUCCCCCCCCCCUUUCCUCCAAUGUAUUUUGUUAAGCAUGCGUUCUGUUUUAGGGCAAAGCUGAUAUAAGCAUGUUUAGCUUCAAGAUAUGAAUCUUUACAGUUGAAUGUUUGAGAAAGGAGGGAACCCUGUAAAUUGAGCCUGGUAUCUUAUGUAGAUUUUACCAAAUAGCCUUAAACUGCAUUUGGAAGCAAAAAAACAAAAGAAAAACCCAACCCAAGAGGAAUGUAUAUUAUUAAAAAUGCAAAAAAAAAAAAAAAAGACAAUAAUCCUACACUAUUCUUCUGUAACAAUUAGGAUGUUUCCUUCCCCAGAAUGUUCAAAUAAUUUCUGUACAUGGAAAGAGUCUGUUCCUGGGUAGUGUACAAUAUUAAUGCUGCUUAUUGUUCUGUUUCAAAUGCAAGCAUAUUUACAGGUAUAGGUGACUAAAAGAUCAGAUCUUAUUUCAAGUGGAGCUGCUAAUUAGAAGGAACCACAUGAAAGUAAAGAAAUAGAGUGUGCAUUUCUUGGAAAUGUCAGAUUUGAAAGAGAUCUUCCUUUCCUCCUCCUCCUUCCCCCCUCACCCUUCUUGUGGCAGCUGAUUUUAAAUAUAUAUAUAUAUCAUUUUGUUCAAUAGAUAAGGCCAAAUCACAUGUGCUUUCUUCAUUUUGUGAUCCUGUGUAGAUCAGGGUUUGACAGUAAUAAGGUAAUCCGUAUUUGUCCCCUUCACCAUCAACUACACACAAAGGCAAAGAGUUUUAAAGAGUCCACUUCUGUGAAAUGUAAAGUUCAGUGCAUCAGACAUUAUUUGACCGUUCUGUUGUUGCUGAAGCAGCGUUGUGUGGACUGCACCAUAAUUAUGCUUCUGCACAGGGUAUCCUUUGUUAAAUCCUUUGUGGUCUUUCAGUACUACAAGCCAAAAUUAGCAGUCUGUGCAAGACAGAAGACUACAAUUUCUGUUCCAUUGCAAGCUGACCUGUCAGCUAUGCAUUUUUCUGUGCAAUGCUAUCCCUAGUAUUUAAGGGAACUUCCUUAAAGAAAAGUGAACUUGCAGCGCGCACACACACACACACACACACACACAACCUUUGCUUUGAAACAGUCCACAAUGGCUUUUAUUUUAUUCAAAGGUGUUUGGGGUUUUUUUUUUGGAAACUAUUAUACUCUUAUUAAUAAGGAAGGCAUGAAGCAUGGAGGGUAAAAUAGGCCAAUGGGAGCAAGCUGAACACUAAAUUGCAUGUUGUUCAUGCACUGACAGUAUUAUGUUGAAAUAUGAGCCUUUGCCUCUGUAAGUCCCCCUGUUUGUUCCACUUCUGUUCCAAAGAAAAAUAUUUAAAAUAUGAACCAGAUGCCUUCUGCGAAUUCUGAUAAAAUGUUACAUGUUCACAAGUUAAGUUUUUAAGUGCAAUAUAUUCCAUUUCUUUUGUACAGGAAAGAAUAGAACAAUAAUGGCAGAUAAUAAGCCAUGCUUCUCAUGCAUUGUACAUUUAAUUUGUUGGGGGGAAAUAAAAUUAAUGUGCUAACCCUCAUGUUGCAAGUCAGCCAGCCCAUCUAGAAUAAAAUGCUAAAGAUUAUAUAGAGAUGAUGACAAAAAAGGUCAUUCAAAGUCACAUAUGAUGAAAUAUAUAAGAUACAGUUGUAUCCUGCUAUAGUACUAAAACUCCACCUCUUAAAAUUAAACUUGAAUUGAAAGACAUAAGCAGUUACCACUAUGAAAAUUAGAAUCAGCAAAAUGACAAACUAUAUUAGACAGGCUAAUUGUUUUUUCAUUCUUGAGAAUUCUCAAGACUAUAUUACAUUUGACUAAGGCUGCAAUCCUAAGCACACUUACCAGGGAGUAAGUGCUAUUUAACUCAGUGACACUUACUUUUGAGUAAGCAGGCUUAGAAUCACACUGCAAAGUAGUAGUUCUGUGUGCACAUAUCUGUGAAGAAAGUCCAUUGUGAACUUACUUCUCAGUAAACAUGCAUGGGAUUGGGCUGCGUGGAAGAAAACCUCUCUGGAUAAAGGUGAAAAAAUUCUAAAUUGCUUUCCAGCAUUCUGGGUAUCACUUUGGUAUCAUUUCAUCCCAUUGUAUGUCAGUCCCCCAUGAUCAUGCUUUGUGGUUUGCUCCCUGAUUGAUCAGGAUGGCCUUUCUUGUGUAAAUGUUUAACGAUGAAAAAUGUCAUUGACUGCAAAACCAAAAAACCCAGCAUUCUAGUUCAUCAAAAAUGUAUAAUUAUCAUUUGUUGAAUUCAAAGCAAGAAUCAACUAAGCAGUACAGAAAGAAGUUGUGAGUUUUCAUAUGGAAGAUUCAUUAAGCAUUCUGAAUAAUGAGCAUUGCUGUUUUGUUAUCAUUCAUAGUGCUGCACUGGGAGAUUUUGUCCUGAUGAUGCCUUAUAUGGACUGUAAUCCAGAGGCCUGGGUGUGCAUUCAGAGAUUUAAUUAUUAAUACAUUUCGCUCACACCCUUCCUCCAGAGAUCCCAGGGUGGUGUACACAGUGCUCUUGCCUGCUUUUAUCUCACAAUACGGUGAGGUAGGUCAAGAUGAAGGAGAGAGUGAGUGACCCAAGCUUCAUGACUGAGUCAGCAUUUGAAUCCAGGUCUCCUUUCUCCUAGUCUAACCACUCCACCACACUGGGCUCUUAACUCACAACUGCUCUGUUCUAGAAGCAAGAAAAUGAUUUUCUAUUAUCAAGAGGGAAAAGGCCAGUACAAUCCUCCCAGUACGAUCUGGUGAAUACAUGAAGAAGAGUGGGAAUGUAUUUCCUUUCCCUUGCUGCAGUUAGCUGCUCAUGUGUGUGGCAAUAGAGUGGUUCAAUAGCACCCAUGUGCAUAGUCACAUGAGUUUAACCUAUGCCUGCAGGCGACAUUUAAAUACUCCAUUUCUGUGUUUAUGAGGGAACAGUGGAGAUGGGAAUGGGUGGCCAUGGUGGGCAAAUGUGCUCUCCUUUGUGAGAUGUGCUGGAUCAGGGAGGCAGUACUGCCUGAUCCAGGCACCUGUGGUCAAGCAGAGUCUUCCCUUCAUUUAAAACAGGGGUGGGGAACCUUGGCCCUCCUGCAGAUGUUGGCCUACAAUUCCCAUAAUCUCUAGCUAUUGGCCUCUGUGGCUGGGGAUUGUGGGAGUUGUAGUCCAAAAACAGCUGGAGGGCCAAGGUUCCCCACCCCUGAUUUAAAACAACAGGAAUGACCAAUGCUAAAAGGCCUUUGGACACUACAGCCUGAGGCCUUGUGAAGAUACUCUCAGUUGGCAACACUGGAAGAGGGAGAUUGCAUUUCUCCAAGGCUGUGCACUGUUAUUUAAUUACUGAUGGGAAAGGAAUACACCAUACUAGGCUUUAUGCUGAAGUUCCAGAGGAUUCUUUCUCCCAUGAUUCCUAGAAAAAGGGUAUUUCAAACCUCUGAAGUACAACAAACAGAAAACAAGUUGAUUACAUUGUUAAUCUUUACUGCAUUGUACAAAAUUCAGUACAAUCUACUACAUUAAACAUAACAAGAGAAAGAUGAGCUUCGAUUUUUAUUUCUUGUUCAGCCUUCAGUUCUCUGCAUGUGUGGUUUGAUAAGCAGUCCAGAGGAGCUGACAUACUACACAAAGUUCCCUACACGUUGCACACUGUGGCAAGCAUCAAAAGUGCACAAAUGGGAGUUGCAUGAUGAUGAGGCCUGUAUAGGUAUAUCUAAUGGCCUCACCCUCGUGCAACUCCAUCUGCACACCAGCGCAACUGCGUGUCUGUGGCAUUACAAAAUGCAUAGAAAUCUGUGCACUAUGUGAGCUAACAUAAUUAGUAGUCAUGGGGAAAUUAGAUAAUAUAUUUACAACAUGCACAUAAUCCAGAAAGUCCCUACCGAAGUAGUAGAGCACAUGCUUUAUAUGUAGAAACACACACACAAACAUGACCCUUUCAAUCCCUGGCAUCUCCAUUUCAAAGGGUCUCGGGUAGCAGGGCUAAGCAAGACCUCUGCCUAAGUCCUAGAAGGUUCCCAGCACUCAGAGCAGCUAGUACUGGGCUAGGUAGACUAGUGGCCUGACCCAAUAGAAGGCGACAUGAUCGCUCUAAUAUCAGACAUAAUGUUGUAUGUAUACAGAUGCCUGUACACGCAUACAGGUUGUCGUGUGACUGACUACACCUGCAUUCAUUUAAAAAGUGAGCCUGGGUACAAGUCCCUCAGAGGUACUUGCAUUCAGCAUAACAUGCGAAUCACUUUGAUUCAUAUCUGUACAUGUUUACACUGUACAGACUGCAAGUGUUCAAUAGAUCAUGUGAACAGGCCUGAUCCAUUGCACUGUGAACAUUAGUUCCCCUAAAUUUUAUUGAACGCAAUUUCAUGUGCACCUUAAUUCCAUUGCUUUCACCAGGAUUUAGGCAUGGUUGUAUUUCUCUGGAGGGAGUUCAAUGUGUCUGUGCCUUUCAGAAAGGCUCUUAGAUUUCUUCCUUUUUUUCUUAUUCAGCCUGAUCCAUCUAAGGAUGUUUAUGUAUGGAAGCAGGCUUCUGCACAUGUAUGCCAGCUACAAAACACAACACACACACACACACACACACUGUGCAUGCAGUCCCAAAGGCCACAAAUCCUCCUCCAGCAGUCUGUCAUAUUGGCUAUGGUGCUGAUCACUAGUUUGAGUGGUAGGAGGAAAAUAAAGGGCUGGAUUCAUUGCCCAUGCUUAUGCCUUCUCCCUCUAAACAUACAAUUGGCAGUAUUGUUGUCAAUAGCUGCUGGAUGAGUCUUUCUAGUGACAAAAAUGUUGCAUGUAGCACUCAUGUGUGCAUGUGGUGUCUCAUGCAGCUUACGGUAUGCAGACAUCAUGCUAAACCAUGGUUUAGUGUUAUGAUGAUAGGCCUAAGAUUUGCAUGUUCCCCACUCCCCAUAUAUGUGGGGAAGAAAUUUACAGCUUCUAUUCCUGGUUUAAAACAAACAGGGAUGUUUUAUUGUGUCUGAAAACACUAAGUCCAAAUUGUUCUCAGGCUGAUCGCUCAGGGGUUAUCCUGGUUUGUUCUAUCCAGUAUGAUAUCCUGAAUUGUUCACAAACUGUGGUUAGAACAAGAUGGGAUUUGGUUUGAGCACAGUUAUAAACCAAGAAUAGAAGCUGCAAAAUUCCUCUCAUCUUGAGCCUUAUUCAGACAUUAUCUUGCACAUGUGUACAGGAGUCUGUACAUAUGCACGUGUUUUUGUGGGAAAGGAUUUGAAAGCCCCCUUCAAAUGUAGGCUACAGAUAGGCACUGCACUACUGUACAUGCAUUUGAAUGUGUGACAUGUGCAUAAAUGUGUAUAUCCCCUGCUAACUGGGCAAAGAGGCACCUUUUACUGUGGUGAUUCUCUUUAUUUAGCAGGGGGAGAGUAACUGGCCCUAUCCACCCCCAGCACAGUACUUCCAGUGACUGUUGCUGGUGUCUAUCUUGUGUUUCUUUUUAGAAUGUGAGCCCUUUGGGGACAGGGAGCCAUAAUAAUAAUAAUAAUAUGUACACUACACAGAGACUGUAUCCACAUGUUAUGUUCAAUUAUGCACAUACAGUUAUUCAUGCAUUAUGUUGAACUCAUGUAAAGCAGUUCACUUCCUAUCUGUAUCAUGCAUUUGUGGGUUGCUCAGGCUCACUUUUAAAAAUGAAUGCACAUACAGUCAUUCAUGCAAAAACAUAUCUGGGUAUAAAGGCCUGAACACACAUGCAAUGUGAAUGUCUGAAUAUGGCUAGAUUGUGCAAAUGUUCAACAUAACGUAUGACUAGAGCUAUGCCCAAGGGGGAAUGCCAGAGCCCAAACCUUGUGAUGGUAAGCAUGAUGCCUGAACAUAGCCACUGUGUUUUCUUUCUAGGCCUUUUCCUACUUUUGCUGCUUUUGUAUAAGUGUUUAUACCUUUUUAUUUCUCACACCUAUUUCUUUAUAAUCCCCAUUCCUCUGUGGCUAUUCAUUAGGAAUCUGCUGCUCUGGUCAGAAAAACCUAAAUGAUAAGGGGAUUCUCCACCAGCACAUGAGACAGAUUCUAAAGAAAGAAUCAUGGGACGGAAGCCUGUUCAUACACAGAGUUCCACCUUUUGGGAUUAGGGCAGCAGAUGCUCAGCAAGGCAAAGGCCUAUAGUACAAAAUCACUUGAAAGUUUAUCAAGUUGCUGCCUCUGAGGUGAAGGUGAGAAACUGUUUUAUAGAAAAUGUCACAUUAUAUAACAACUCAUACGCCUUGCCAGGGGGAGUUUGCCCACUGAGAACUGAUUGAUGAAAUCGGGACAAGUGUUCUAUUAACAAAAGCUGCAAAGAUCAGUGUAUAUCCCUAUGGUUUAUUUCUGUUCCUGUUCCGACUAGUGAAUAAUUUUGUAUGAGACACAUUCUUAAGUAAGCAUUUCCCCUGUAAAUGGCAGCUAUACUAGAUUACUGCUUGCCACUUCUGCUAUUGGCAUCAGCAAGUGUACAGCCUUAAUUCUAAUCUCAGUUACCAAAGAAAGAAAGAAAGAAAGAAGGGGGGGGCGGUAUCACACUGGACACAAGAUAAAGAAUGCCAGCCAAGUCUUAUUGGUUUGGACACAAGUGCACAACAACUGUAGUACACAUUCUUCCAAAUUGGCAAUUGACAGUACAGAGUGACUUCAUUCAGACAAUUCUCCAAACCAUGGUUUGGAGCAGUGCUGCAAACCUUCAGCUCCCCAGUAAGACUUCCAGCUUCCCCAGUAAGAGUGACCAAGAAUCAAGGCUGAUGGGAGUUGUAGGCUGACAACAGCUGGAGGGCCAAAGCCCUGGUUUGUCAUGAGCAAUGGCAAGCUCUCACGGGCCCUGCUCUCCUCCCCAUGCUCACACACAUGAUUGGGGAGGCAAAGGAAACUGAGCAUGAACCCAAAGCUUGCCAUUUCUCAUUUCUGAUUGUCUGAAUGUAACCAGUGAGUUUGCAUUAAAGUAGUUUAAGAUCAGUAAAAAUGCAUGCUCUUUGUACUACCAACGAUGUGACUGAAUAAUACAUUCUGCCAAACUUCCAUAAAGUAUUCUACAUUUAUGUGGGUGAAAUGUUUUGCCAAUACUUCAUAAUGGUCUGCUAGUACUUUCUACUUGUAUAUUCCUGUCUCCUUUAAUCUCUGCUUAGUUCAUAAUUGCCUGUGGAAUCUGCAUUCAUAUCUGUGCAUUGAUUUACCUCUGAGGUUUGAUAUUUGUCUCCAUUUCACUUCUAUAAAGGGCUCGGCAUGUGUGCAUUAUUCCCCUCAUUUCAUACAUCGAUUUUUGUUUGUUUGGAUUUUUUCAAAAAUCCCUUUAAAAUAGUGCAAAUAAUACUGCUCUAGAAAUGUUCUUUCCUGUAAAAACAAAAUGCCACUAUGACUGUACAGCUUCUUCUGUACAGAAAUAAACUCAUAGGUUCACUUAGUACAUUAUGUGCCAAAAUAUUCAAAGUGUGGCCUAAGGACUAAAUUAAAUGCCUCCUAUAGAAUUUCAAGGAAUGUUAGAAACAGGAAACUAGCUCUUUAGUUUAUUGUUAAAGAAUUAUAUAUAUAAAUAUAUAUAAAGUAUAUAUAGACAUUAAAAAUCAUAUCAACAAUGAGGACGAACUGAGUGCCAAAUAUUUGCCAUCUGUAUAAAUCUACACUUCACUAGAGUUCAAACUAUUUUAUGUAAUUCUCUUUCUCAUGCUUUUAUGGUUCUUUUGAUACGUUCUGUUUGGUAGCAUGCAGGAUACCUAAAUUGAAUGUACAGUAUACUGUUCCAUUGCUACAAUAUUUUCUUGCUUCUCAGUAAUAUCUAAUUUACAAAAAAAGGUCAUUUGUUUGAAACAUCGUUGCUGAUUGUUUUAUUCUUGAGUUACUCUUUUUCAUUAUCCUCUAUUUGCCUUCAGCUAAUUGUAAGGAAAAAAAAUUGUGCUUCACUAUUUCCUGUCCCUCCCAUGGCUCUUUUAUGAAGCUGCCUCUUUCAAUUGGUUCCUGUAUGGUUUAUUAUCAUCUUCUGUAAAUAAUUCUGCAAUUAAAUUUUUUGAGAAAA